UCAGAAGUAUCCUGGAGUUUUAUGAUAAUACCUAGUGGUGGGGGACCUGUUGAAGUUAGCCAUAAUGUGCAAUUGUGUGUGGUUUGUGCGUGAUUGUUGGAGCGCGUAAGGUGACGCAAACUGUUGCGCUCACUUUGACGCGUUAUGAUUCACUGUAAUAACGUUGUAUCACGUUGUAAUAUUUAUGUAACUUUAUACGUCUAAAUAAAUGAAAUUAUUAAGUAUAAGUUUACUUUUUAUACGAUAGAUAAUAUUGAAAUAUGAUAAUCAGCGUUGACGGUUUACUUGUUUAUUUCCCAUAUGAUUAUAUUUAUCCAGAGCAAUAUGCGUACAUGCUUGAGCUCAAGCGUGCCUUGGAUGCAAAAGGACACUGUUUAUUGGAAAUGCCCUCAGGCACUGGCAAAACAAUAACUCUUUUAUCGUUAAUUGUAGCUUAUAUGCUAGAAAAUCCAUUAGAUAUAACAAAGUUAAUUUAUUGCUCUCGUACAGUACCAGAAAUAGAAAAAGUUAUAGAAGAAUUAAAAAAACUUAUGGACUAUUAUGAAAAGGAAACUGGAAGUAAACCAAAAAUUGUUGGGCUAGUGCUUAGUUCACGAAAGAAUAUGUGUAUUCAUCCUGAGGUGAGCAGAGAACGUGAAGGUAAAAUUGUUGAUGGACGUUGCCAUGCUUUAACAGCAUCGUAUGUUCGUGAAAGACAUAAUUACGAUGAAUCAACACCAAUUUGUAACUUUUAUGAAGGAUUUGACAUGGAAGGCAAAGAACAAUUGAUGCCACCUGGUAUAUAUUCUAUUGAUGACUUGAAAGACUAUGGGAGAGAUCGUAAUUGGUGUCCAUAUUUUCUUGCAAGGUUCACAAUUCUACAUGCUCAAAUUGUGGUAUACAGUUAUCAUUAUUUACUAGACCCUAAAAUUGCAGAAAGUGUAUCAAAAGAAUUAAGUAAAAGUUCUGUGGUAGUUUUUGAUGAAGCCCAUAAUAUAGAUAAUGUAUGUAUCGAUUCAAUGAGUGUAAAGAUAAACAGAAGGAUUUUAGAAAAGAGUUCUGCUAAUAUACAACUUCUUGAAAAGACAGUGGCAGAAAUGAGAGAAGAUGAUGUAAAUAAAUUAAAAGAGGAAUAUGAUAGAUUAGUAGAAGGAUUAAAAGAUGCACGCGUUGCAAGAGAAACUGAUAUUAUCUUAGCUAAUCCUGUUUUACCUGAUGAAGUUUUACAAGAGGUAAUCCCUGGUAAUAUAAGAAAUGCAGAACAUUUUAUCUGUUUCUUGAAACGAUUCGUAGAGUACUUGAAAACUCGUUUACGCGUACAACAUGUUGUUCAAGAAUCACCUGCUGCAUUUUUACGAGAUGUACAAGCAAAAGUUUCGAUAGAACGUAAACUACUAAGGUUUUGCGCUGAACGAUUGGGAUCUUUUUUACGUACCAUGGAAAUAACAGAUUUAACUGAUUUUUCACCAAUAAUUUUGGUGACUCAUCUUGCAACAUUAGUUUCUACCUAUACAAAAGGAUUUACCAUUAUAGUAGAACCAUUCGACGAUAAAUCGCCUACAGUUUUGAACCCCAUUCUUCAUUUUAGUUGUUUAGAUUCGUCAAUUGCAAUGAAACCUAUAUUUGAUAGGUUUCAAUCAGUAGUUAUUACUUCAGGGACAUUGUCUCCAUUAGAUAUGUAUCCAAAAAUUUUGAAUUUUCAUCCAGUUAUAAUGUCAUCAUUUACAAUGACAUUAGCUAGACCAUGUCUUUUGCCUAUGAUUGUAGCAAAAGGUAAUGAUCAAGUUACAAUUUCAUCAAAAUAUGAAACGAGAGAAGAUGUUGCUGUUAUAAGAAAUUACGGCCAGCUGUUAGUUGAAUUUGCGGCUACUGUUCCUGAUGGUUUAGUUUGCUUUUUCACCUCUUAUUUAUACAUGGAAUCUGUUGUAGCAGCAUGGUAUGAUCAAGGUGUAGUAGAUCAGCUUCAAAGGCAUAAGUUACUAUUUAUUGAAACUCAAGAUUCUGCAGAAACGAGUUUGGCUCUAAUUAACUACAUAAAGGCUUGUGAAAACGGAAGAGGUGCCGUACUUCUUUCCGUAGCUCGUGGAAAGGUAUCAGAAGGAGUUGAUUUUGAUCAUCAUUUAGGAAGAGCUGUUCUUAUGUUUGGAAUACCUUAUGUGUACACACAAUCACGUAUUUUAAAAGCGCGAUUAGAGUAUCUUCGUGAUCAAUUUCAAAUUAGGGAAAAUGAUUUUUUGACAUUCGACGCAAUGAGACAUGCAGCACAAUGUGUUGGGAGAGCAAUUAGAGGCAAAACUGAUUAUGGUAUAAUGGUGUUUGCAGAUAAGAGAUUUUCAAGAAUAGAUAAACGAAGUAAAUUACCAAAAUGGAUACAGGAACAUUUAACUGAUAAUUUAUGUAAUUUAUCAACCGAGGAAGCUGUACAGAUAAGUAAACGUUGGUUACGACAAAUGGCUCAACCGUUCACGCGUGAAAAUCAAUUAGGAUUGUCAUUAUUGACGCGAGAACAACUGGAGAAAGAAGAAUAUGGUAAAAUUGAACAAAAAGCACAACAAAAUUAAGUAUUUUAAUAUUAUAUUUAUAAGAAUUUGUUUGUGCCAUUCUUAAAUAUGAUGUGUAGAAACAUAAUUUGUACUUCACUUUAUAUUAUAGCGAGAAAAAAGGAAUAAUUAUAAAAUAUUGUAAAAAAAUAAUUUUUUAGAAAUGAGUUUUGUAAACUUUUUAAG